GCAUACUAGAAAAGGAAUAACAUGGGCAGUAGGCCUUCUGUCCUUGCUACACAAAUCUGAAUCCGAAGUCUGAAUGCGAAUAAGGACUGUGCAUCGCUAUAAUUUACCGACUUUUCUCUCUUUUCAGCCAUUAAAUAUACCUAGGUUAUUAUCCGUCGGUAUCGGUGAUCCACUGCUACUAGAUACGGAAGCCCAUAAGGCGAAAGCUUCUUCUAUUCCGUCCAGAACCAUCUGAACUUUGAAGAGCGGCAAAUAGGACUGUAACGUAAUAGUGUGGAUGGACUGAGGAGUUACAUAGGCGGUCAUUUCAGUAAUUUAUCAGCUGCCACGUUCGGCGCAUCUUGCUCUCUCUGACAAAUCAACUAGUCUUUCAUGAUGAAAAAAUUCAGCAGAAAGGAUUUCAAACAGUGUGAACUAAAGCCAGUCGAAAAGGAAUUAUCGAAACCCUUGCCAGGAGUCCCUAUUCAUUUUAACUAUGGGGUGUUUUUUGAUGAUGGGUACGACUACAUGCAACAUCUCAAAUCUGCUGAUAAUAAAGAGGCCUACGUAAGUUCCGGAAUUUAGUCUUUUGACGUAACUUAUGAAAAUAAGAUAGCCUCUGCUAACCUUGAAGACUGUGAAACCGCGGAAGAGUAAAAUGUUUUUUCAUUGACCAACCAAUCAGAUUUAAGACAGCGCUUGUAUAUCUGGUUGAAAUUCAUUUAUCUAUUGACUGAAUAGGGUCCUAGCGCUACAGCUGAUGCCGGUUCGUAAUGAACACUGUGACUAAUUCUCAAACCUUAAUCACGAUGCUGGUGGCUUUUCCUAAUCUCAAUAGUUUGCAACCAUAUUCUGAUCUUGUUAAGUGGUUGAACUCUACCAAGGUUACCUUAUAAUCGCUCAAAAAUCGUCUAUAAUUUAUGGUCUCAUCGUAGUUUGUGUUGAUUUAGGGUUUAUGUAUUUUUAUUACAUAGGAUCUCGUGAAUUACCCAUCUAUGACGUGAUACCCUGUACAAUGUUCAGACAUAACUUAUAUUCCAUACCGUUCUUAUGUCCUACAUUCAUCUAUCUUUACUUUAUUUCCAGACUAUAUCUGUAAUACCUGAAGAUUGUGUCAGCAAUGCUUCUAGUCAUUCUGACUCAUCUGGAAUACGUGAACCUGAAGUUGAUUACGAUGAACAUAUUAUAAGUGACCUUAAUAUGGAUUCAGAAGCAGAGUCUUUCGACACGGAAAGUGAAUUAGAGGAUAACUUUGUCGAGCUUGCAGGUGGUCACAGUGUAAAAUCUUCAGAAACCGAUAGUGAUGAUGCUAAAGUGGCUGGGGACAGCAAUUCAUUGAAUGCAAAGGCAACAGAAACAGAUAUCUCAAGGCUUUCUAAAGAUAAAGUCGCGCUCAUGGAACGUUUUCUUUACGGUGCCAACGAAAAUUCAGAUAUCACAAUUUCGAGCUCCGGGCAAUUUACCAAGGGUUACGGAAUUGAUGACUACCCAGAUGACUCAACCUCCUUGAAUAAAGAGUUCGAAAAGUUAAUGUUACGAUACAAAUCCCGGUCAAGUUGCAGUCAGUCUUUAGUCUCUGGAACGUCAGUGAUGAGCGAAGGCUUGAAAUAUGCUCUUGGUCGUGACAUAGCAAUUGCUAAGGGGGGAGUAAAACAAGAUUAUACGGAUUUUGAUGAUGAUCUAAAAGCCAUAACAAUAAAAAAAUGUUUCGAAUUGAAUGGAGUGGAUCAAGACGAAGACAGUGGAAGCAAUUCCACAUAUGACGGAGAAAACACUGAACGAAUGACCAUUUCAUGUUCUAACAGUAAUUCGAACCUAAAUGUUAUGAAGCACAACCAUCUAACAAUGCCCAGUUCUAGUAAGACGAAAAAGAAGUCAUCCACGAAGGAAGGUUCUCAAAACAACGAUGGUAUUAUGGAAUUUCCAAAACCGCUAGACCCUGGGUUACUUGCGAGAGAAAAGGGAGAGUCUUUAGAACAAAAGCGCUUACGUAAAGCCGCUAUCAAGGAACACCGUCAACUGCGACGAAAGAUACGUAAAAUCAACCAGUUGAACUUCCGUCAGGAGAAAGAGAGACAAAUAAAAAACAGUAUGCAAACAAUGAUAGUUCACUAGCUAAAGUUACUGAAAUACUUGAUUGUACAGAAUAAAUCACUAAAAUCAUCACAUAAAUUUUAUUGAAAUAUAGUUACAUAAACCUCAGCUGCGGCUACUCAAUAUUUUAAAAUCUGGAAGCGAAAAUCCUCGGUUACUGUUUGCUUAGCUCUACAUUUUGGAACACUCAAUGAUAAAUAAAUCUAAUCUUAAUUUAACUACAGUAAAAGCUACUCGUAGAAAUAACACUCGUUUGUCUUGUGUCUAUUUGCUCCAAAUACACAUAUAGAGAUACAUAU